GUAGAUCUAGGCCUUCUCCGCUUUGUUUCUGGAAUUGGGACCCAAGGAGCCAUCUCGAAAGAAACAAAGAAAGAAUAUUAUCUGAAAACAUACCGCGUAGAUGUCAGCUCCAAUGGAGAGGACUGGAUUACACUGAAGGAGGGAAACAAGCCUGUUGUGUUUCAAGGGAAUAGCAAUCCCACUGAGGUUGUUUACAGACCUUUUGCCAAACCAGUUUUAACACGGUUUGUGCGAAUUAGACCUGUGUCUUGGGAAAAUGGAGUAUCACUGAGAUUUGAAGUUUAUGGCUGCAAGAUAACAGAUUAUCCUUGCUCUGGGAUGCUGGGUAUGGUGUCUGGGCUCAUUCCUGACUCUCAGAUUACUGCAUCUACUCAAGUUGAUCGAAACUGGAUCCCGGAAAAUGCUCGCCUCAUAACAAGCCGGUCAGGUUGGGCGCUGCCACCAACUACUCAUCCGUAUACAAACGAAUGGCUUCAAAUUGACCUUGGUGAAGAAAAAAAAGUGAGGGGCAUAAUUGUCCAAGGAGGCAAGCACAGAGAAAACAAAGUAUUCAUGAAAAAAUUUAAAAUUGGCUACAGCAACAAUGGAUCAGAUUGGAAAAUGAUCAUGGAUUCCAGCAAGAAAAAGAUAAAGACUUUUGAAGGCAACACCAACUAUGACACACCUGAACUGCGGACUUUUGAACCUGUAUCGACAAGAUUCAUCCGCGUCUACCCUGAGAGAGCCACACACGGAGGACUGGGGCUGCGAAUGGAGCUACUGGGCUGUGAACUUGAAGCUCCUACGGCUGUCCCUACUGUUUCCGAAGGCAAACCUGUGGAUGAGUGUGAUGAUGACCAGGCAAACUGUCACAGUGGCACAGGUGAUGACUACCAACUGACAGGUGGUACUACAGUGCUGAAUACAGAAAAGCCAACAGUAAUAGACAAUACAUUACAACCAGAGCUGCCACUGUACAACUUCAACUGUGCCUUUGGCUGGGGAUCCCAAAAGACUUUGUGCCACUGGGAGCACGACAACCAGGUGGAUUUAAAGUGGGCAAUCCUGACCAGCAAAACUGGGCCAAUUCAAGACCACACAGGAGAUGGCAAUUUCAUUUACUCACAAGCUGACGAAAGCCAGAAAGGGAAAGUCGCCCGACUGCUGAGCCCCGUGAUUUACUCACAGAACUCUGCCCACUGCAUGACGUUCUGGUACCACAUGUCCGGCGCACAUGUCGGCACCCUGAAGAUCAAACUGCGGUACCAAAAGCCGGAUGAAUACGAUCAGGUGCUGUGGACCUUGAGCGGGCACCAGGCAAACUGCUGGAAGGAAGGACGCGUUCUUCUUCACAAGUCUGUGAAACACUAUCAGGUGGUUAUUGAGGGAGAAAUUGGAAAAGGAACUGGAGGAAUUGCUGUGGAUGAUAUUAAAAUUGACAAUCACGUAGCACAAGAGGAUUGCCGAAAAUCAACUGAUGUGGAGAAUGAAAUAGAUGAAGAAGAAGACCCAGAAAGUAAUCAAACAGGGUUUACACCUCCAUACCAUACAGGCGAGGACUACGAUGAUAUCUCCAGGAAACCAGGCAACGUCCUGAAGACCCUAGAUCCAAUCCUUAUUACCAUCAUAGCCAUGAGUGCACUCGGGGUGCUUUUAGGAGCCAUCUGUGGAGUUGUCCUGUACUGUGCCUGUUGGCACAAUGGGAUGUCAGAGAGGAACUUGUCUGCACUGGAGAACUACAAUUUUGAACUGGUCGAUGGUGUAAAACUGAAAAAAGAUAAACUAAACACACAGAAUUCAUACUCGGAAGCAUGAAGGCAUAAAGCGACUGGAGAAGUUUCAGAGAAUCGGGAUGGAAGGACAUAGCUCGGUUGUGCUGGGGAACUGUUGAUCUUCUUUUACUGUACAGGCUGAAAAGUGCAUUGAUGACACUGAGCCAAGCUUUUCUCAGGAGCUUCAAUGAGUGUGUAACUGAUAAACAUGGACAACAAUCUGUGUUAACAAUCUGAAUCAUGUACAGUCUGCUUUUUCUGUUGGUUUUAUUUGAAAUAAUCAAAUGCUGGUGUUGAGACCAAGUAUGAUUGACUUAUAGUUCAUUUUGUCUUUCUUUCUCUCCCUCUCUUUUGUUUUCCGUUAAUGGAUAAUUUUGUUUUUACUGUGUAAAAUCCGAGAUGCUGUCACAAAAUGUAUUCAGUGGGGUCCUUUGGAUGGACAUGCUGUCUGUAGCUCAGUGCCCAGAAAAUAUUGGCGUAACAGCAAUUUAGUGGACUCCUGCACCUGUAUUUGUGUAUAAUUGCUCGUGUUGUGCAUAGGCAAAGAAGGGUUAGGAUGUUUUUGAAAGUACUGCUGCAUCAGUACUGAUAUAGUGUGUCAGCUCUGUUUACAAAGCAAUACAGUCAAAUUUUAUUGAUGUUUUUCAGUGUUGUACUAAAUUUUGUGCUUGUGAACUCCAUAAAAGAGUAUGUGCCAUCAUCAGACACAACUGGUAACCGAGUGUACUGCCUAAAAACUAAACAAAAAAGUCCUUGGCACUGGCUAGUGUAUGUCCUCUCAAGUGCCUUUUUGUUUGUACUGCUUCUCAUUGUGUUAACUACAGCUCUGCUUCUCUGCAAUUAUGCCCUUGUCUUUAAUCAUAUUCUGAUGGCUCACUGACUAAAAGAAAAGUAUAUUUUAGGGUAAGAAAGUAGCCUCAGCAAGGCAAGGGCUAAUCAGAUUUGACAACCUGGCUCGAUUGUUCUGCUUUCUGUAUUUCAACUUCAUGUCUCUUGACCCUUUUGUAUAAAGCUGCAAUAUCCCCUUUUAUUGCUCUUUCAUAUAGAAUGUAUUUUCAAAUGUAAAAUCUCUCUCCCUUUUCUCUUCUCUUCCCCUCUCUCUUUCUCUCUCUGAGUAGAUUGCAUAAGCAUUUGCCAUUGCCAAGGAAAGAAAACUGCAGCUUUAACUUGGUGGUAAUGGCAAAGGAUUUUAUUAGAGUUUGUGUUAAAAAAUAAGGGAAAAUUCUUAACUUUACCCUCCAAAGUCGAACUUUGGGUUUCUUCUUAACAGCAUAAAGUGACAGUAUCUUUUUUCCUGAAGUCAAGAAACAUGUCUUUUUUUCUGAACAGCUUGCCUGUUAAUUACACUAGGGAAAAUAAUUUGCUUACUGAAAAGAUUGCCUUUAAAAUGAGAAACUUUCCUCCUCCUGCCCCUACCUGAACCCAGAGUUCUGUUCUCUUGGUAAACGUGUAUUUUCAUGCUAAUCAAUGCUAAUUGGGCUUACGCAUGGGUACUGAGGGCAGAAUAAAAUCCCACAGUGUAUGUAAGGUAUGUUCUUACCAUCCUGUUAUAUCCAAUUGGCAUUUCAUACCGGGAGGUUUCUGUUUGACCAGAAGUGCAGAUAGUGACAGGUUCAGUGAGCUGAGUAGCGUAAGCUGUUGGAAAAAUGUGUUCGACAACUAUGUGGCAAUUUUUUAAUAUUUUAGGACAAAUAUUAUUGGACAAAUAAUAUUCAACAGCCUAUGCAGCUGGUUCAACAGGGUAAAAAGA